CGGGCGGACUCGGAGCGGGCAGCGGAGUGACCCGGACAGCUGUCCUCUCUGACACCACCCCGGCCUGCCUCUUUGUUGCCAUGAGAGCUGCCUACCUCUUCCUGCUAUUCCUGCCUGGUAAGUGGCUCCUGGGGCAGGGGGUAGCUCCCCUUAUGUGGGGGUGGGGAGUAGGGUUAGUAGGGGGAAUUCACAGUGAGCCUUUGUCACGACUUACAGCCAGAACUCAGCUCCCCAGCUGCCAGGGCCUUCUGCCUGCUUGGACCACAGACUGGACCAGCCAACCCUGGCAGCAUCUGGAGGCAGCUCCUGGCCCUCCCCCCAGCCUUCCACAGCAGCAGGCAGGCAGGGUUCUGGAGGGCAUGUCCCAGGCACAAGGACCCUGUGGGCACAAGGCACAAGGCCUCUCUGGGAGCCGAUGUGCAGGUUCAGGUGCAGGGGCGCCCAAGACAGGGAGUCCGGAUGCUCGAGUUCUAGAUCCAUUCAGGGCCCUUCUGCUCUAUACAGUCCUGACCUUGGGGGGGUCCCUACUGGCCAAAUGAGGAGAAUUGAUGAGGACCACAAAAGUCCUAGCAGGGCCAACAUUCAUUCAUUCAGCAGUAAUGUGUUGAGUCCCUACCACAUGCCAAGUGCUGGGCUAGGCCCUGGGGAUUCCGCAAUGAACCAGGCAGACACAGCAUUGCUCCUCAUCAUGCUGCCAGUCCAGGGAAGGUAGACAAAUAGGAAACAAGCAGACGUGAGAAACUCCAGCAUGUGCUGAGUGCUGGACAGAAAUCAGCAGGAGGGCUGGUGGGCUGCAGGUGGGGCGGCCUCUCGGCACAGCUGAAAUUCCACGGAAGACCUGAAGGAGCUGAGCAGGCCUCACGGGCCCAGGGAGCGACAGGUGCGAAGCCUCUGAGGGAGGCAGGAGCAUGUGGAGUCCUAGGAGCAGCCAGGAGGCCAGCAACAGGAAGGGGCAGGGUAAGGUCAGGGAGGUGACCCACGACCAGGGUGGGGAAGGGUCUUUACCAUCAAAGAAGAGUCUGGAUCCUCUAGGAAUCUGCUUGUGGGGUCCUAGGCUCUUACAGGCCUGACCUUGUGACCCCGCCUCCCCUCUCCAGAAGCGCCUCCGGCCCCCGUUGUCCCUCCCCGUGGGGUACCCUACAUGCUUUGCCUCCCCACAGCAGGCUUGCUGGCUCAGGGCCAGUAUGACCUGGACCCGCUGCCGCCGUUCCCUGACCACGUCCAGUACACCCACUAUAGCGACCAGAUCGGUAAGGGCCUAACACCCCCAGCCCUGCCGGGUCACCGAGGCCUGGCUGCUCAGAUGUGCUUGGCUCAGCCAGGGACCGCACUGGACAGGCUGAUGGGAACUCUGGGGGUUGGUCCCUGGCUCAGCAGGGAACUUGUUUGCCCGGGUGCUGGGGGGUAGCCUAACUCCCACCAAUUCCACUUUCAUCUUUGUUUGCAGACAACCCAGACUACUAUGAUUAUCAAGGUAACGGGCUAGGGGUAUAGGAUAGGACGGGCCGGCAGCUGGGGUGGGGAGACCCCCUGGGAUGGGUAGAGGGAGUAGACCCCCUUAUCCUCCCUUGGCUGCAGAGGUGACUCCUCGGCCCUCCGAGGAACAGUUCCAGUUCCAGUCCCAGCAGCAAGUCCAACAGGAAGUCAUCCCAGCCCCAACCCCAGAACCAGGAAAUGCAGAGCUGGAGCCCACAGAGCCUGGGCCUCUUGACUGCCGUGAGGAACAGUACCCGUGCACCCGCCUCUACUCCAUACACAGGCCUUGCAAACAGUGUCUCAACGAGGUCUGCUUCUACAGCCUCCGCCGUGUGUACGUCAUUAACAAGGAGAUCUGCGUCCGCACAGUGUGUGCCCACGAGGAGCUCCUCCGAGCUGACCUCUGUCGGGACAAGUUCUCCAAAUGUGGCGUGAUGGCCAGCAGCGGCCUGUGCCAAUCCGUGGCGGCCUCCUGUGCCAGGAGCUGUGGGGGCUGCUAGGGUGGUGCUGGCAUCCCGAGUCCUGGCCCUCCUGGGAUCUGGGGCCCUCGGGCCCUGCCUGACCUGGUGCUUUUUUCCUCAUCCCCAUGUUCCUUUUAUUCUGUAAAAAGUUAGUGGACUGCAGCCCUGGGGGUUGCAGGCUGCGGUGCCUCAGGCCCCUCCUUCAGCCUGUGGCCACCUCUGGGGCACGAUGGGGGCUCCCCACUGCCCAGUCUCUGCCCCUUGGGUUGGGGGGGGCAUCCCAGGCCUCUCUGUGGGACCUGGGCCCCUGACGGGCCUUCUCAGCCCGUUUUGAGGACAGACAGUCCCCCAUUCACAGUCCCCCGAGGUAGGCUACAUCCCCCCACCCCAGCUGGUCUGCUUGGAUUUCCUACAGCCCCCCUGGGCAUGGACCACCUUUAUUUUAUACAAAAUUAAAAACAAGUUUUUACAAAA